AUGUCAGCAGUAGUCACAACUACUGCUAGUAGUAGUAGUAGCAGCAGCCGAGCUCAAGCUCCUGCUGAUUAUCUGGUGACUCUGGCUCCUGGUGAUCAUCUGGUGAAGAAGCGCGCUCAGGCGCCUAAGCUGCAAGCACAUGCGGGGCGGAAGAACCGCGGCGAGAUCAUGGUCACAGAAAUACGGGUGGGUGCAAACGGCCUCGGUAAAGCAGCAACAGCAGCAGCAGCAGCAGCAGCAGCAGCAGCAGCAGCAGCAGCAGCAGCAGCAGCAGCAGCAGCAGCAGCAGCAGCAGCAGCAGCAGCAGCAGCAGCAGCUGCAGCAGCAGCAGCAGCAGCAGCUGCAGCAGCAGCAGCAGCAGCAGCAGCAGCAGCAGCAGCAGCAGCAGCAGCAGCAGCAGCAGCAGCAGCAGCAGCAGCAGCAGCAGCAGCAGCAGCAGCAGCAGCAGCAGCAGCAGCAGCAACAGCAGUAGCAGCAGCAGCGGCAACAUCAGUGGCUACAGCAAGAGCAGCAGCAGCACUCUCACUUCCAGGCUUUCAAUGCAGUUCCAUCUCCUGCCCUUUCCCCAACUCCCCUCUCCUCUGUUAA